AUGGAUUUAUCAUUACAAGAAUAUGAUCCCACUUUGUUGUGUUUUCCUGCAAUGAACAGCUCUUGUCUUAAAGGUACACAUCAUGACGCUCAGACUGUCUUGUAUGUCAUGUUGGUGUCUGCGAUGAUUGUGACCAUUCUAGGAAAUUCAGUGGUCAUCAUCUCCAUUGCACACUUCAAACAGCUUCAGACUCCUACUAACAUCUUGGUGAUGUCCCUGGCUUUAGCGGAUCUGCUGCUUGGAUUGGUGGUCAUGCCUUUCAGUAUGAUUCGUUCGGUGGAUGGCUGCUGGUAUUUUGGAGAUGCCUUCUGUUUGCUGCACUCCACUUUUGACUUGUUUCUCACAUCAGUGUCUAUUUUGCAUCUUGUUUGUAUUGCUAUAGAUCGACAUCAGGCUAUUUGUUAUCCUCUUCAAUAUCCUACAAGAAUAACCAUACCCAUUGCAUGGGUCAUGGUGCUGAUAAGUUGGGCUAUGAUAGCAGUCUAUUCAUAUGGUCUUCUGUACUCAAAAUCUAAUGUGAAAGGACUAGAGGAAUAUGUUGAAUCAAUUUACUGUAUAGGACAUUGCAGUCUGCUUUUCAGUAAAUUAUGGUCUGUUUUAGACACGUUAAUAACUUUUUUCUUUCCUUGUUCUGUCAUGGUUGGACUGUAUGUUAGGAUUUUUGUAGUUGCAAAAAAACAUGUAAGAACAAUCAGUGAGGCAAACCAGCAUGAAAAUGAGAAUGUGUUUAAAAGUUCUCAGCGAUCUGAACGCAAAGCAGCAAAAACUCUUGGUGUGGUUGUGGGUGCUUUUAUUAUUUGUUGGUUGCCAUUUUUUAUAAACUCUGUGAUGGAUCCUUACAUCAACUUCUCCACACCACUUGCCCUCUUUGAAGUGUUUGUCUGGUUAGGCUACAUUAACUCAACCAUAAAUCCCAUCAUAUAUGGCUUUUUCUACCCAUGGUUUAGGAAAACCCUUUCUCUUAUUGUAACAAGGAGAAUAUUUGAACCAAACUCUUCUGAUAUCAACAUUUUCACAGUUUGA